AUGCUCUCCUCUCUGCGCCGUUCUGACGAUUCGUCUCUUCUAGAGGCCAACAAUCUCCGAUUCAACUCCGAUGAUUGCGGAGAGAAGACAAAAAUCCAGCCUCCAGGUAUGUGGAGGCCGUAUGGUGACGUGGAGGGCAGCGUACGUGCGGUGGUGCACGUGGGAGUUUUCAUUGCGAAUUUACUACUUUUUAGUUUUGUGGAGUAUGCCAAAAGCUGGGGUUUUUCCUGGUGGGGUUGUCCUCCUAGUAAAUUCCCAUGGACAUAUAGUUCAAAAGAGACAUGUUAUCUAUUGGAAGGGAAAGUCAAGGUAUACCCUGAUGGUAGCAAUGACUUUGUUGAAAUUGGUGCUGGUGAUUUAGUUGAGUUUCCUAAAGGGAUGAGUUGCACUUGGGAAGUUUCAGUGGCUGUUGACAAACACUAUAAGUUUGAGUGAGUGCUUUUAUAACCUCAUGCUCUUCUUUUACCUUCUUUUCUCCAUUGUUAUUAUGAAAUAAAAUAUAAAUGCUUGGGGUGAUGUAAGAUACCUCUAUCUUGCUCAAGUUUGAUUAUGAUUUGUAGCUCAA